AUGCAUUUGAAGACCUUCCUUACCUUCGUGGGACUUUUGUCCCCAGCGCUUGCCCAGCGCAUUGUUCCGGGUGCAUACAUUGUAGAAAUCAAGGGAACUAAUACCAAUGGCUUCUUGAACAAAGCCAGAACCAACGGUGUCAAGGUCCGUCAUCGUAUGACUCUCAACCAGGAAACAAGCAUCUUCAAUGGUGUCUCUUUCGACCUCGAAGACGAUACUCCUGAAAAUCGUGCGAAGAUCAACUCCUGGGGUGAAGUUGUCGAACUUUCUCCAGUUCGUUUGUAUGAUGCUGCUGCGCCAAUUGCCCAACAUGUCACCCGAGAUGUCACCAAGCUUAUGAACAAGCGCGCUGGUGGCCCCCUCGAUAACUACCCACCCCAUGUUCAGGGUGGAGUUAACAGACUCCACGCUGAAGGAUUGGACGGAAAGGGUAUCAAGAUCGCUGUUAUCGACACUGGUAUUGACUACACCCAUCCAUCCCUCGGUGGCAAGUUCGGUCCUGGAAACAAGGUUGCGUUUGGUCUCGAUUUGGUCGGUGAUAGAUAUAACGGUCAAAACACCCCAGUUCCAAAGGAUGACCCAAUUGACUGCGCUGGUCACGGUACUCACGUCGCUGGUAUCAUUGCUGCCGUCGACAAGGACUUCAUCGGUGUCGCACCAGAAGUUACUCUUGGUGCCUAUAAGGUUUUCGGUUGCCCUAGUGUUUCCGUCGGAAACGAUGUUCUCAUCUCUGCGUUCCUCCAGGCCCAGGCUGACGGUGCUGACUUGAUUACCGCCUCUAUUGGUGGUCCAAGCGGCUGGACUGAGGACCCAUGGGCUAAGGUUGUUACCCGUAUUGUCGACGCUGGUACUCCAUGCAGCAUCGCUGCUGGCAAUGAGGGUGCCGAAGGUCUCUUCUAUGCUUCCGGUGCUGCUGAUGCCAUUGGCGCCAUCGGUGUCGGUUCCGUCAACAAUCUCAACUCCCCCGUCGUUCUCACUGCUGCCAAAUUCUCCUCUGGCGAUAUCAAGGGCAAGGAAUUCGGAUACACUCCUGGAACUGGAAGCUUCGGAACUAAGUCUUAUGAACUCGUUGUCCCAGUUGUCGACGGUCAAAUCACUGAUGCCUGCGCUGGCCUUCCAGCUGAUGUUGGUGACUUGAAGGGCAAGAUGGUCGUCAUCCGUCGUGGUACUUGCACUUUUGAAUCUAAGGCCGCUGCCGCUGCCGCCAAGGGUGCAUUGAAUGUCAUGCUCGUCAACAACGUUCCUGGUGCUGUUGAUGUUACUGUUACUGCUCCUGGCGUUAGCGUUGGUAUGGUCACUCCAGAGACUGGUGCCGAAUGGGUGAAACUUGUUGGUGAGAAGGCAGCUAUCUCCGUCGCUUUUGACGAAAAGGCUGCUGGUAUCAUCGAUGCUGUCCCUAACCCACUCAGCGGAGGUACCAUGUCUGUCUUCUCUUCCUGGGGCCCUACCAAUGAAAUGUACCAACGCCCACACAUCUCCGCUCCAGGUGGUAACAUCCUCUCCACAUACCCACUCAUCUUCGGUGGAUAUGCUGUUCUCUCUGGUACUUCCAUGGCCACUCCAUAUGUUGCCGGUGUCAUUGGUCUCUACCUCCAGAAGGCUAAGGCUGAAGGUCGCAAGGUCACUCCUGCUGAACUCCGUGUCGGUCUCACUACUACUGGUAGACCAUUAGUCUUCAACGAUGGUGCUAAGAACUCCACUUUCCUCGCCCCAGUUGCCCAACAGGGUGCCGGUAUCGUCGAUGCAUACAAGUUCAUCCACUCCAAGACCUCUGUUGACACUGAACUCCUUGAGUUCAACGAUACCCAGCACUUCCGCGAAUCCAUGAGCUUCAAGAUCACCAACAACGGAGACAAGCAAGCUACUUACAAGCUCACUGAGAUCUCUGGCGCUACCGCUUACACCACCGCUGAAGGUUCUACCCUUGCUAAGCGUUUCCCACCAGACAUGGUCGAAUCCUAUGCCAAUGUCAAGAUUGAGCCUGAUGUUCUUAACAUCAAGCCGGGUCAAUCCAAGAGAGUCGUUGUCCGUCUCACCCGCCCAGAUGGCCUUGAUGCUUCUAGAAUCCCAGUCUAUGGUGGUUGGAUCAACAUUGCUAGCAACGGCGUCGACCGCCUCAGAAUCCCAUACAUGGGUGUCGCCACUGCCAUGAAUAAGGCCACCGUCAUUAACACCGAGCAGGGCUACCCACUUCUCCGCAACUUCAAGAGUGUGACUGCCCCAGCUAAUAGCACUAUCGGCUCCCGACCAAUCCUCGAAUGGAGUCUCGCUCUUGGCUCCGCUGUUGUCCGCAUCGACGUUGUUUCCGUCUCUAACGAGGAAGCCAACGAUGUCCCUGUUUUCACUGAUAACACCAUUGGUUCCCUCCCAGGCUUUCCAAACUACUGGAACCCAAGAACCCCACUUGGACCUGAUGAUAUCAACCGCGUUGCAUUCACUGGUCGCAUUGUUAAGAAGGAGGGUGAACCAUCCGUCAAGGUCCCAGCUGGCACCUAUAAGCUCGUCUUCCGCGCUCUUAAGAUGACUGGCCGCAAGCACACUGGCCGCGACUACGAACGAUGGGUAUCCGAACCCUUCGUUUGGGCUUAA